AGGCGGGGGCCGGGCGGCUUCUCUCCGCGGAUGGCGGCCGGGCCGGGCCGGGCGGGGGCAAGUCUCGGUCGGUGCGUGCGUGCGCUCCUCGCUCAGGGGCCGCCGGGCCUCCUCUCCAUGGCGGCUGGCGCAGGGGGCGGGCGCGAGGAGACGGGGGGCCCCGCUCGUUUCCGUCUCCUCCUCGCCCCGCUUCCCGCCCGGCGGCGCCGGCGCUCCCCUCCCUCCCCUCCCUCCCUCCCUCCCGUCCUCCCUCCCUGGCGCGCUGUGCUCCGGGCGGCCACGCCGGCAGGAGAUGGGCGAACAACGCGCAGCGGCUGCGGCGCGGGCGCCAAUAUGGCGGACACGCGGGGGCUCCUCGCAGCGCAGCACCCGGAGCGGCGCAGAGCGGCCACAGCGCCCCCUGCCGGGCGGCACCCGCACACCGCCCGCGCCACGGGCGCUGCCGGGAUGGCGGCGCGUCCGCCCCGCCCGAUCCCCUCCUCCUCCUCCUGCGCUUCCGUGCUCCUCCUCCUCCGAGAGCGGGCGAGAAGGGAAGGGUUACGGGAGCGCGGUGUUAAACGCCUCUCUGUGUCGUCACCGGAGGCAAGUCCAGGAGUUCUCGGGACACCGUUUUCGUGUUUCCGGAUCCCCGGACGGUUCGCGUUACCUUCCUCCCAUCGAGGCCCGCCGGGGAAACCGGGAACGGCACGCAGGCUUGAAGAAAAGCAACGGGAGAGAGAAUCAGCGAGACGUAGGAGGGCAAAUAACUCCCGACAAUUAAAUAAACCCAUUAGUAAUCAAUAUUAUUUAUCGAGAGGAAAGAAGAAAACCCACAAAAUCGUAAUGCAAAUCGAUCACGAGACCCAGUGCACUUAAUACAUGAAUAUUAUGACUUAACAAUCCAACACCAAAAGGUUUCCAAGUUCAUGCCUAGGCAUUGAGGCAUUUCUGUUUGACAACCCAGGGUGUGUUCCCAGGUUAAGUUGUGGACAGGGUGCAGUUCCAUGAACAGCAGUGCCACCCAUACCUGCACCACCAUGCCAGUCCAGCAGAGCGCCUGCCUCCCCCUGAAGAACAAACACCUUGCUCAGCUCAGAAAUCCCAGCAGCAACAGCUCUAUCAAACAGGAAGACUUGCAUCUAGGGCAUAGGUGUUUGUUCCCUCAAACACAAAGCUGCCACAUGACUCAGCUUCAUAAGGGGGAGCCUGAAGGAGCUCAGAACCACUGAGGAUGAAACCUUAGUGACAACCCUAAGCCAGGCUCUGGAUAGACGGUGCCUUCCUGCUCUCACAAGUACCCCUCAGACCAGAGCCAUAAGGGCUCUUCAUGGACAGUGAAGAUCCCAUUUCAGGCCUGAGCCACAAGUACCCCUCAGACCAGAGCCAUAAGGGCUCUUCAUGGACAGUGAAGAUCCCACUGCAGGCCUGAGCCACAGCCUUACAAACUGAAGUGAGUUUUACUCAAAAACAAGGUAAGUUAUAAAUUAAGAUAAGCCCAGCAUCUGAGGCAGACCUAGAAUCCUACAGCUCCAUUCUUAUACAAACACAAGAGAAAUUAUUAAGUCUUUUUACGAACAGAAUUGGAAGUUCCUCCACCCUUACCCCCCAGCCAGCUUACUUAGGGAAAAAGCCUAUCUCUAACAACCACUGCUGUUGCAGUCUCAAGCCACCAAGAGGGCCAGGAGGCAAGAGCAAAUGCCCUGUUAUGAGAGAAUGAGAGGACAGGGUCUAUUCAGACUGAAAAGAAAGAUGGCCAUGAGGUAGGGAGGGCACCCACUAGCAGCCAAUACCUGCAAAGCAAAAUAACUGUAUAAUGCUCAUUAACAUUUUUUAUCAUUUGUAAGCAAUUGACUAAGGCUUUUUGCAGACCUCCUACAUAGCAGGAGGUCAAGAGGCACUGGUCUUCACUUAAAGCAGGAGAGGUUCUGACCUCUCAACUGAAGGAAAGCCUUUUCCAUUGUGAAGGUGGCCAAGCAGUGAAGUAGGUUUUCCAGAAAAGCUGUGCAGUCUCUCUUUCCAAGGUCCCAUGGGAUAAAGACCUUAGCAAGCUACUCAGAGCUCACAACUGACCUUGCUUUGAGCCAGAAGUUGGACCAGAGAGCUCCCCAGGUCCCUUCCAAUCUGAGUAGCACUGAUACUGUAUGAACUGCAUAGCUCAGUGCAACCGUCUGGCAAACCCUUUUCACAGAUGAUUUAAGAGCAGCACACUAUGCUUACCAGAAGGGACAAAGCCUCUGUUCCUCUUGUUCCUCAUUUGUUCUUUUUUUUUCCUUCCCGUGGGAAUUAAGAGUAAAUAAAAUAUGAAGAGAUGAUUCUGUUCAAAUUAUUGUGAAGGCUUUACAUGAUACUAAUUGUAUUACAAGAAUAACUGCUAAAACUAUUUACUUUGUACUCCUUUGGAAAACUUACUGAAAUACUGAAGUUACAAACAAUACUCCAGCAUCUGGUAGCUUUCCUUUUAGAUGAAAUUGAAGCAAGCCUAAUUUUCCUUAUUAAAAUGGAUAGAAUACCAUGCUGUAAAAACUUUCCAGAAAAAGUUUUGAAAUUGGCUUCAAAGUGAUCACAAAACUACCACACAAUUGCUUUUCCAGAAUAUUUUUUCCAGAAGCAUAAAAGUUAUUCCAAUAAAGGAGAAACCAGAGAAGGAGGGGUAGGAUUUACACUUAGAGGUACAUGCACAAAGCCUUGGCCUCAAAAGCAGAGUCUGAAUUUGAAACUAAGUGAUUUCCCUCCCCCCAUAUUCAACCUACUUGCUGUAGGUCUGUAACAGACAUUUAAACAAAUAUUUUUACCACUUAAAGAGUUUAGAUAGCAAAGCCUUUUAACACCCCUAUUUAAUUCCAGCAGUAGAAAGGAGAAUGGGAGUACAGUACUUCUCUGAUCUCAUAAGGAGCUGGCUGUCAUCCAAGAAUGAGAAAUAGGUAACAGAAUGGAUACUGUAAUACAUCUCCGAUUGUACUUACAUUUUCUAAGUUAAGCAAGCAUACAAAUGAAGUCAUGAAAACAGUAUUAGUGCAGAAACACUGGCUUAUUCUGGGGCAAGGCCACCUUGCCCCACAAGGCUUCUAGUUCAGUGACUUGCACUAUGACUGCUAACAUACCAAAGCCAGGAGAUUUCUCAUUGUGCUGCACAGCAGAGUAAGUGUCAACUUGCUGUGCAGCACAAGCUUUCUGCAGUUCCAGUACUUGGCACUACUGCUGAAACUCUUACCAGAAGCUUUAGUUUUGCAAAUGAAGAUCCCAGUUGCUUUCCAACACAUCAGUGUGGAAUUUGCAAUGAUGGGGCACGCUUCCUGUGUGUAUGCAAACACCUAGCUUUGCAAUUAGAGAGAAAAGUAGGACUGAAUAGGUCUUUAAUCUGCUGUUUAGUGCAUUUUUUUCCCCAUAAGAGAAGGUAAAAUAGGUAUGCCUGCCUUUUUCUUACUUCUUACAAGGACAAGUCCAAAUAUAGACUCAAUAGAUCAAACAAGAGAUCAAACUGGCAAAUGCUCUUAAGAAAUCCGUCAUCCAAGUGAGCAA